AUGGCGUCGCCUCCUCCCGUGGCGGCCGACGGGCAUCACAGCGUCUUCGUGUACGGCACGCUGAUGGCGGAGGAGGUGGUGCGGGUCCUCCUGGGCCGAGCACCGCCCUCCUCCCCCGCGCUCCUCCCCGACCACCGCAGGUUCAGCAUCAGGGGCCGCGUCUACCCGGCCAUCCUCCCCGGCCGUGGCCACGCGGUGAGCGGAAAGGUUCUCAAGGAGCUCACCGAUAGGGAACUCCAUGUGUUCGACAUGUUCGAGGACGAGGAGUAUGUGAAGACGACCGUCGAGGUCUCACUGAUUGAUGCACCGGAGAAAUCACUCGCCUACGCGUACAUAUGGGGCAACGAGCGUGAUCCUGACCUCUACGGGGAAUGGGAUUUUGAGGAGUGGAGGAAGGUGCAUUUGGAGGACUACCUCGAGAUGACUCAGGAAUUCAUGCAGGAACUCGGUCAAUUUUAA